AUGUACGCAGCAAACAGCCUUGGAGUCGCAGAACAAGCUCUCAACCGUAAAACCUCAUUUUGGACAGCACUCAUUAGUAAACUCGUACCAUCUAACCUCGAUCACUUGGAUUACUGGUGUGAAACCCCAGGCCAGAUGAACCUGGAUACCAAUUCACCUCUGUGUCCGGAUUGGGUCUUUCUAUCCAAUGCCAACGUACACGUCGCAAAAGACCGUGGCUGGUUCAAAACCUUCACGCCCUUCGCCUCAUACCUAGAUGCCUCACCCAUCAUCAGCCCACCUAAGCACCUUUCCGUGCUCGGAAUAGGCACAGUCGAAAUCCCCACAAAGCGCUCACCCAACACCUCAGUUGCAUCUUCACACAGUUCUCUCCUUCUCCACGAUGUCUUAUACGUACCCGAAUGCCUAUGCAACUUCAUCGGGCAUCCGCUUAUGUCCGAAGGUGGAUACGACGUGGAAACCCGCUUCAGCGCCAAAUCCCGUGGCACCAUCAAAGAUGAGGAAGGCAAGAACGUCGCCUACUUCGACCCUAAGAGCCCACUGCUCGCCAUCAAAGUGCGAAGUCUACCAAACGGGCCACCACUUGGUCCGCACACGCUCAAGAAGGACGAGCUAUACGUGCUCGGCUGCGAAUGGGACGCCGUUGAGCAGCGCAAGUGGUUCGAGUUCAAAGUCGAGAAUGGUCUGCUUAUGCCGAGGCGAGUUGUCGCGCCGUACACGGCUGAGGAAAACGCGUUUCUCAAGAAACACUACCAGUCUGAGUUCCACUUUCUCAUGCAGUAUGGACUCAAAGUGUUUAAUGAGCAAGAUCGCGAAGAAGGCCGGGGUAUUCUGCGCGCCAUUAUGCGUGAGGAUGAAGACUCCGAGGAUGAGGAGUCUAAUGACGAGUGGGACCCCGAAGGCCAUCAGGCAGACUACAACUUCACAGAGCGCCAGCUUGACUGGAUUGAAAAGCACUAUCGCAACUCAGAGCAGUUUAUGCUAUCUUACGGACUCAAAUUCUACGAUGAAGAGGAUCUUGAGGAGGCAAAGGCGAUUGCGGAGGCUAUCAUGGAUGAGGAUGAUUAGAUAUACUUUGAAAUGCUGCUCAAAUCUCUGCAGUGACGGGGACUGGGUCACGGACAUCGAGAUUUCAAUAUGCAUCACUCCAUUUCUCGUAAAUCGAUUUUCCUUGUUCUAAGGAUAGGGAUUCUGACAAGAGCACGUGGUCUGGCUUGCUCAACUACCGCAAUAACAACGCCAGCUAUCCUUUUAUCAA